AGAAAAAAAAAAAAGUUAGUUAGGUUAGUGAGAGGGCUGUGAUUUUCAAUGCGCAGUACAGUCAUUACCAAUGUCUGCGUUAGAGGAGCCGUAAACUUUUGGGAAAGUCUCACGGACAGCGCAUUUAAAGAGUUCACAUACUUUAGAAGUUUAAACGAAAAAGUUUAGUAGAUAUGCGCGUUCCCACAUUUAUUGGGGUGUUCUCGGGAAGCAGAAAAACAGCGCUGCCUACUUUUUUCCCAAGGCUUGGAUAACUAAUAAAGCGGACGCGCAGAAAACAGCUUUGAGCUGUUUGGAUUUACUUUUUCGGCAUUUUAUGGUUGCAGUCAACUUUCCUGUUCCCAGCAUUUCACUCGGAUAGAAAGAAGAUCUACGUUUUAUCUGGAGUCAUGGAUCCGAGCCAGCACAACCCUCCUGCCGGCCAUCAGAUCGUCCAUGUUCGGGGAGACUCCGAGACCGAUCUGGAGGCUCUUUUUAACGCUGUGAUGAACCCGAAAAACGCCAUCAUCCCCCCUUCCGUGCCGAUGAGGUUGAGAAAGCUGCCAGACUCAUUCUUCAAGCCACCAGAGCCAAAGUCCCACUCCAGACAAGCCAGCACGGAUGCAGGUACUGCUGGUACCCUCACGCCCCAGCACGUCAGGGCACACUCCUCACCCGCCUCCCUGCAGCUGGGUGCAGUUUCUCCUGGCACACUGAGCAGCAUGGGUCCAGCAAACCCCCAACCUCAGCACCUCCGCCAGUCUUCUUACGAAAUACCUGACGAUGUGCCGCUGCCCCCAGGCUGGGAGAUGGCCAAGACCCCUUCAGGCCAGAGAUACUUCCUAAAUCAUAAUGACCAGACGACCACCUGGCAGGAUCCACGUAAGGCCCUCCUUCAGAUGAACCAGGCCGCCCCGGCCAGCCCAGUGCCUGUGCAGCAGCAAAACAUCAUGAACCCUGCCUCAGGUCCUCUUCCUGAUGGUUGGGAGCAAGCUAUUACCUCAGAAGGAGAGAUCUACUAUAUCAAUCACAAGAACAAAACCACCUCUUGGCUGGACCCACGACUUGACCCGCGUUACGCUAUGAACCAGCAGCGAAUCACCCAGAGUGCUCCAGUGAAGCAAGGCUCCCAGUUGCCCUCCAGCCCACAAAGUGGAGUGAUGGGUGGAAACAGCCAGAUCAGGCUGCAACAGAUCCAGAUGGAGAAAGAGAGACUGAGGAUCAAACAAGAGCUCCUUCGCCAGAGACCCCAGGAGCUCGCCCUGAGAAACCAGCUGCCGACCAGCAUGGAGCAGGAUGGCGGAACUCAGAACCCCGUGUCCUCGCCCGGCAUGGGACAAGACGCCCGUAACAUGACCACCAACAGCUCUGACCCGUUCUUGAACAGCGGGACAUAUCACUCCAGAGAUGAGAGCACAGACAGUGGCCUGAGCAUGAGCAGUUACAGCGUCCCCCGCACUCCAGACGACUUCCUCAACAGUGUAGACGAGAUGGAGACAGGCGAUACCCUCGGCCCGAGCUCCAUGGCCACACAGCCCAGCCGCUUCCCCGACUACCUAGACGCGAUCCCGGGCACAGAUGUGGAUCUGGGCACCCUGGAAGGGGAGAGCAUGGCGGUGGAGGGCGAGGAGCUAAUGCCCAGCCUGCAAGAAGCCCUGAGCUCCGACAUCCUCAACGACAUGGAGUCCGUGCUGGCAGCUACCAAGAUCGAUAAGGAGAACUUUCUAACCUGGCUAUAGAGCGCCCGAAUCCAGCACUACGCCUUCUCUUCCGACAUGCUGAACUGCUGCCUAAUCCAAUCUGUGAAGGAUGUGCUUCGAGCUGAGAAAAAAAAAGAAAAGACAUUUCACCCUACUGGACAGUUUUUGUCGUUUGUUUUUCUUUAUCUUCACUACGGUUUUAAAAAGCAGAGGUAUUUUAACCUUUGGUCCUUUUUGUGCUUUCUUACGUCUUUUUUUCCAUGUCUGCAUCCUCAAGGCUGGCCCAUGAACAGACAAGUAUUCACAAGUACCCAAAUCUCUUUCACGGCUGUGCAAGUGCGAGUUUGCGAAUGUGAAGAUGUGUGCGCGAAAUGUCGCUUUUUUCCCCCCCUCGUGAAAACGAGAGGCUCAGGCGAUCCCAAGACAGACGAAGCCCUAAAUCAAUCGAUCUCCAUUGACUGCAACUCCCGUCUCAGAAAAUCCUCGAUCUCGGCUGUACAGCAACGAUCUCGAGAAACCAAAAAAGCGACGAGGAGGUCGUCCGUACGUGUUUUCCGACGGGAUGCCGAUUGAAAGGUCUAAAUCGACGUGUGAAAGGGUUUCGACGUGUGGCUUUGGUUAAAGAAAUACUGCUGCUUGGCUGUGCCAGCAUAUCACACUAGAAACUGUAUAAUCAAGUGCCUUCAGACGAAAACAAUUGAAACAUGUUCCUGUCAUUUUUACACUUUUACGCUUUUACUUACUCGCUUCAUUAAUCAAAGUAUAUUUCUUUCAAAGGUUUUAUGAAAAAUAUUAUGUUGGGAAUUAGGGUUUGAUUUCGUUUUCUUUAAAGAACCCUAGCCUCUUUGUGUGUUAGUUUUAUUUAAACCUGAUUUUGUUUUUCUGAGGGUUAUGGCAUUCAUGUGUGAUCAAAGAACUCUCUCGUUUUAACAGAACAACUACUCUAAGAGCUGCCUUACAGUACGUGAUUCACAACGAACACUAACUAGACGGACGUUAUCAUUUCUGGGGGGGGGGGGGGGAGGGGUCAUUUCUGGUUUAGGUUUUGUUAUAUCUAUUUUUAUCUAACAAUUGUAGUAUCUCAGUUGAUAUUUUCUCGCUCGCUUGCUUAUUUUUAGUGAAAAACCUUUUUUUUUACAUUGUUGUUUUUAUCCAAAAGCGAGGAACAAAUAUCAAGGGCACUUUGAUCAAGACAGACAUCUCUGAUAUGAGCUCCAGUAGAGUCUGUGCCAGUUAUGUUGGUGCCGAGACAGAUAUCGACAGGAAAAGGAAAGUUCUGAUACGUUUAGAUGGGUAGCGGAGCAUGUUUUGAAGGUUAGAUUAGCCGUUAGCUUGGAUUUGGUAACUGCGGAUGUGAACGGUAGAGUAGACUUUAUGGAAACAAUCAGUUAUCGUCGUUUCUGUCAGGAUUUCUUCGAGGCUUCCAAAGACUUUUGUUUUUUGUUUUUUUUGUUUUUUUUUUUAGUAACGGAUGACAAAUAAUUUAUCAUACAGUACGUGUGUAAGACAUAAGCUAAUGAGAAAAGGUCUAAUUGAUUUGUGAGGAGAUUCUAAUGAAGCAAGAUCAAUGCUGGUUCUGAUGUCAGUACUAAAGACACAUUAAACAGGUUUACAUUGGUUCACUAGAUAGAACACUACAGGGACUUGCCCAUUACAAAUUUGCUGCAGAUGCUUUGCGUAUGAAUAUUUCCUCUUGUUUACACUACGAUUAACUGGCCCGUACACUAAAUGUGUGUUGUACUGAUUUUUGUAAAAGGUGAAGUUUAUCAAUUUUCUGUGGUCUGUUGGGGCGUAUGUACCGCCUCGGCAAAAAAUUUAUGAUCGAGAACAGUAAGCUGGGCCAUAUAGAAAGUUGUGGUGAGAAAAAGAA